GAAAGAGGGAGACCCUCUCAUGGCAACGGCGGCGGCGGCAGGAGGGCUUCCGCUGGAGCUGUCUCUGGACACCGUAGCCGCGCCCGCGGCGGCGACGACAGCGGAGUCCGCGGUUGAGCGGCGACGGCGGCGAGACAGGGAGGUCCAGCGCAGGCGCCGGGCCAGGGUGUCCGCGCUCUACGCCGAGCUGGGCGCCAUGCUCCCCAGCCUCCCCACCUCUCGGCCGGCGACCCAGGAGAAGAUCGUGGACGCGGCUAAGGCGCGGGUGGAGGCGCUGGAGGACACGGCGGCCGCGCUGCAGGCCUGCCGCGGCGCGCCCCGACCCGGCCGCGAGGUGGCCCUGUCCUGCGGGACCGUGACCGUCUCGGCGCGGCUGCCGUCGCCGAAGCCUGCUGGCGCGCUGAGGCGCGUGGUGGAGGCGUUCGAGCGGCGCGGGGCGAGGGUCCUGAUGGCCACGAUGGCGCGCCACGGCGGCGCCGUGGUCGUCACAGUCACCGCGGCCGCCGCGGCGCUGGAGGUCGUGGAGAUGAUCAGGGCUGACAUCGCCAGCAUCAACUGAUGCCAUCCUCGCACCGGUGAACUUUGUGGGGUUGUCACCAAAUGGUGUCAUUCUGUCACCGUGCUCCUCCCUUUCUUCUGUAAGAAGAUAGAGAUUCGAAUUUUCAUAGAUGAACCAUGAACAGAGCAGAAGAAACGUUGAUCAAGUAGUUUCAGUCACAGCUUUUGCUACCAAAAUGACCAGAACAGCCAUAUGAACAUUGUGGUAUUCAUUCA